AUGAUAAAACGUCAGUCGGUGGUGCGGAUUGCCGUCGCGACGCAGCCACCCCGUUGCCGACGCGUCUCCGACCCACUACACGAACACGUCUUGUCCGACGUUCCGACCCAAAAACAAAAAGCAACCCUUUGCACGCGACCCUCAUCGCAACUAUGGCAUUUACGUGUCAGACGAUGGAAGCUUGAACAUUUGCGGCACAGCCUUUAGAGGAAUGCAAGCACAUCAUAUCGCAACCAAUCAAAGGACGCGGACAGUAGAACUUAACCGUAGACCAUGCUGUUGAAAGAGCCAGGAUAGUUGGAACACAUAGUAAAAUGCCGGACUUAGUGACGCGUCAUCGUUCGAGAUGACGGAGGACCAAAUAUUUCGGUGUAUCGCAGCACUCCAACUGUCGUAGUAACGUGGGGGGACAAUGCCGGGGGGUAGGAGAGGGCUAGUUGCUCCACAGAACACCUUCUUGGAGAAUAUCAUCAGGAGGUCAAAUUCGCAACGAAUGCCGGAAAAUGAUCUGGAGGCGAAAAGACACAUUUCUCGAAUAAUGAGGAGAUAUUCUCGUGAGAAAUAUUCCAAACCCGUUUGCUAUUGCAUUUUACACCACCAGAUGUUUCGAAUAAGUCAUAAUAAAUUGUUAUUAAAAUCACUUCCCCAUUCUUCAAAAUUGGCG